UUUAGUAUGAAGGAGCUGUAUCUGAAGGAGGGAGGGGACCAAGCAUAUGGGAUACUUACACACAUCAAUCACCAUCACCGAUAGCAGAUGGGAGCAAUGCUGACGUGGCCAAUGACUUUUACCAUCGGUAUAAGGAAGAUGUGCAGUUGCUCAAGUAUAUAGGACUCGAUGCCUUCAGAUUGUCAAUUUCUUGGCCUCGAUUAUUACCUCAUGGAAAGUUGAGUAGAGGAGUGAAUAAAGAAGGGAUUGACUUUUACAACAAAGUCAUCAAUGAUCUUCUUGCAAAUGGCAUAACACCAUUUGUGACACUAUUUCAUUGGGACCUCCCACAAGCCCUAGAAGAUGAGUACAAAGGCUUUCUAAGCCCUCUCCUUGUAGACGAUUUCAGAGACUUCUCGGAUCUCUGUUUUAAGGAAUUUGGAGAUCGUGUCAAGCAUUGGAUCACGUUUAACGAGCCUUUCACCUUCACAAACGCAGGGUAUGAUGGGGAAUUUAUCGGUUCAAUGGCUCCGGGAAGGUGCUCGGCUUGCCAUCAAGGGAACUCGGCCACCGAGCCAUACUUUGUUGCUCAUCAUCUUCUCCUUAGUCAUGCUGCCGUUGUUAAAUUGUAUAGGGAGAAAUAUAAGGCAACUCAAAAGGGGGAAAUAGGGAUAACAUUGGUGACCCAUUGGUUUGUGCCAUAUUCGAAUACAACACUUGAUAUUAAGGCAGCCCAACGUGCUCUUGAUUUUGUCUAUGGAUGGUUUAUUCAUCCAGUGGUAUAUGGGAUGAGAGAUAGAUUACCACAAUUCACUGAAGAGCAAAUUGCAAUGCUAAAAGGCUCAUAUGAUUUCCUAGGACUUAAUUACUACACUGGGAAUUAUGCUGCUCAUGUUUUCUCUCAUGGUGGAAAUAUUAGCAGCACAAAGGACAGCAGGACUCGCCUCACAACUGAUAUCAAAGGUGUACCUAUUGGCACUCCAACUGGGGUUCCAAUAUUCUAUAGCUACCCCAAAGGACUUCAUGAUCUUCUGGUCUACACCAAGAAGUAUUACAACAAUCCUCCCAUUUACAUUACAGAAGCUGGCAUGGGUGACCAAAAGAAAGAAAUCGCACAAGACAACAUUAACGAUCCACAAAGAGGAGGGUGUGAAUGUGAAGGGGUUCGUGGCGUGGUCAUUUUUGGACAACUUUGAAUGGGGAUCAGGCUACAGCCAACUGUUUGGGCUUUGCUACGUGGAUCGCGAAAAUGGGCUCAAAAGGAUUCCCAAAAAAUCAGCUAUUUGGUUCAAGGACUCUCUCAAAAAGAAUUAGACUUGCCAACUUGUAUCGGCCGAAAGGCCAUAACUAUGAGAGUAAUCUUAAAAUGUUGUCUGGAUCCUAUAUAAUUUUACCUUUCAAUAAAAUUUGUACCGUUUUAAACGGUAUUGGCCUAUUUAAUAUUCAUCACAUUUUCUUCAAUUUAUCUUUCUGUUUGCAUAAAGUAUU